GCCGGCCCGCCAAGCCAAGCCCAGCCCAGCCCGGGCCGCAGUGCGUCCGCAGUGACCCGCAGGGCGCCGCAGACCACGGACGAACGCGGAAAAUGCUCUGAGCGGACGGCGUGUCGCACCGAGGCCAAGCACCCCGUCAGCGUCGACAGACUCGACAGACCAGCCGAGGAAGCCUCCCAACAGUGUGGUGGCCGUGUAGUUCGGCAAGAUGGUCAAGCUGCCGCAGUUCACCAAGACCCAGUGGCUGACGCUCAUCGUGUUCAGCAUUGCGGACUUCUGCAAUGCCAUCUGCGUCUCCCUGCAGGCGCCGUUCUAUCCGCAGGAGGCCGAGAAGAAGGGCGCCACGGCGACGGAGUACGGCCUGGUCUUCGGCGUCUUCGAGCUGGUCGUCUUCAUCAUCAGCCCCAUCUACGGACAACAUCUCAAUAGGAUAGGACCCAAAUUCCUAUUCAAUGGCGGCAUCUUCACAACAGGCGUCUGCGCCAUAUUGUUCGGCAUGCUGGACAAGGUCAACGGCCACUACCCCUUCAUCGUGCUGUCCUUCCUCAUCCGCAUCAUCGAGGCCAUGGGCAACGCCGCCUUCCUCACGGCCUCGUUCGCCAUCAUCGCCAAGGAGUUCCCCGACAACGUCGCCACCACCUUCGCGUCCCUGGAGACUUUCUUCGGGCUGGGCCUGAUCGUGGGCCCCACGGUCGGCGGCGCGCUGUACCAGGUCGGCGGCUACACCACGCCGUUCGUGGUGCUGGGCUCGGCGCUGUUCCUCUCCGCCAUCAUGACCGCCUUCGUCCUGCCGGACCACGGCCAGCACGAGAGCGAGCCCACGCAAGGAGCCAGCCUCUGGCAGGUGCUCAAGAUCCCCGGCGUGCUGCUCGCCGCCGCCUCCAUCAUCGUCACCUCCAUGAGCAUCGGCUUCUUGUCCGCCACGCUCGAGCCUCACCUCAGAAGCUUCAAGCUGUCCCCCGUGGUGCUGGGCCUCAUGUUCGUCAUCAACGGCGGCACGUACGCGCUCACGGCGCCGUGCUGGGGCAUGCUGUGCGACCGCGCCAUGGUGCCCAAGGUGGCCACCAUCUGCGGCUGCCUGCUCAUCAUCGUGGGCUUCUCGCUCGUCGGCCCGGCGCCCUUCAUCCCGUCGGACACUGUGCUGUCGCUGAGCAUCGUCGGGCUGGUGCUGCACGGCCUGGGCAUCGCGGCGCAGCUCGUCGCCUCCUUCACGGACGCCCUCAGGACGUCCAUUGCUCACGGCUUCCCCAACAACCUGGAGACCUACGGGCUCAUCUCCGGGCUGUGGACCUCGACGUUCGCGCUGGGCGCCUUCAUCGGGCCGUCCGUCGGCGGCAUCCUCUACGACUGCGUGGGCUUCCGCGCGGGCUCCAUGUUCGUCGUGGGCCUCAACGCCCUCGUGUGCGUGAUGGUGAUCGUCUUCCUGCUGCUGGUGCGGCGCCGGUCGCAGUACAAAGAGGUGCCCAGCGAGGAGGACCUCAAGAACCUGUCGUACACGCUGUCCUCGGACCACAGCCCGCCCUCCAACGGCUACCUGGGCAACGGCUCGGUGGCGUCCAACGGGCACGCCAACCCCUGCGCCAUCGAGCGGCCGCCGGGCAUGAACGGCAUCAUCGCCACCAACUCGUACAAGAACAGGCACGGCACCUGGCACCGCAAGGAGGCGGGCGCCGUGCUCAUCGGGCCCUACAGCACCAGCUACGGCAGCCUGGAGUCACGCGGCUUCCUGUCCAGCGUCAAGUAGGCCGCGGCCCAGGACCCAGCGCCCCGCGUCCCGCGCCCCGCCCCCAGGACCCAGCGCCCCCCCGCACCGCCACGGCGCGGCCACCGGCACCCCUAUCCCCAAGGCCACCGAGGAACUUAAACAAACUGCUGCGGGAAAUUCCGUCGAAUGGCUCCGAAUUCCCUCCGCGUUUCGAAAGGAUUCUUAGCAGUGUUUUAAAUUUUGAGGAAAAUUCUAGGGUUGUCGUCAAACUGUCGAGAAGGUUCAAGUUUUUCGUUGAAAGUCGAAUUUCCGGCGAGUUUCUCGGAGUCGUGUCCAAUGUGAGGGAUGGCUGUCGACGGUACAGCACUUGGCGUGUUCCAUCGCUGCCGUCCGUGCGCCGUCGCCGACUGGCCGCUGGUUGGCGCGCCUAGCCUCGCGCCGGGCCGACCCACAGUGGGCCAGAAGACCGGUGGAGGCGGUCGAAACCCCCGACGCGUUUUGUGCUCCAGAGUAGCUAAAUGGGACUCGAACCGAA